GCAGUUGAAAAACUUCUGGACAAAACAAUGGGCAAAAGACCGCCAACAACAACUCAAAUGUUGAUUAAAUCUGGGAUAGAAAAGAAAUCAAGGAAAUACGAAGAAUAGUUACAAUGAUACUGGAAAAUCAAACGGUUCUUCCAUCAACUUACGAUGAUGAAAUGGCGUUGAAGGUCAAAAAAUUAUUGGAAAUUGUCAGAUGGCGACUUAAAAUACAAACACUAGAGGUUAAUAAGAGAUCGAGUACAGACCCGACUGAAACACUAACAAAGAAGACGAAACCUACUCAAAACAACUUGGCAAUAGUUCCUUAUUCGACUACAAGUUCAGCAUCUAAUGUAACUGAACAGCCAGGGACGUCGGUAAUUAGAGAGCCACAAAGCUCUACACCAGACGUGCAGAUAAACCAUUCAUUAAUUUCUUCCAACGCUCAAUUAGAAAUACUGAAUGGAAAUCCGAAACAAGACUCAGCUCUGGACCGAUCGGCAAGAUCAAACAAUACAUAUUGCAUUACAAAACCACUAAACAUCCGCAAACAAUGGGAAAUUAAUCCGAAAUCUCAUAUCGUGAACUGGGUUUCUGUUAGUCCAGCCGGGUAUGGCGUAUACAUUGAUGGACCUGACUACCACCAUGAUUGUGUCAAGGACAUAUUAAUGAUAACCAAAAAGACUUUUGGAGAUGUCAAACGUUUUCACCGAACGGAUAAAUAUACUCUACUGGUUCUCACUACACAACAAGGUAGAGACACAAUCAUUGACAUAAUUACAAACGAUGUUACUGGACUAAAAGCACAAGUCGCUACUCACAGAUUCCCACAGAUAAAGAUAUCUGUACGGCGGGAGAAACUUUCGGACCCACAACAAAUGGUCAAAGACAUUCACAGAUUCAAUUUCAAAGAAUUUCUUAAACACAAAUUUGAAUUUUGUGGUACUCAUCAAGUACGGAAUUCCCCUUAUGUUUCGCUAAUCAUUCAAGUCGACCCACAGAUAAGAAGUUAUAUUACAGAAAGAAAACAAGGCAAGGUAUGGUUGGAUACACACUAUGAAGUAGUGGAUCAUUUUGCCAUAAAAAGAUGCUAUACCUGUGGCCGUUUAGGACAUUUCAAAUGUAGGAAAGCUCAGCCUGUUUGUAUUCGCUGUAGUCUUCACCACAGCAGAAAGAUGUGUAAAUCGAUGACAUUAAAGUGUCCCACUUGCUCAGGAGAACACGAAGCAUUUACACUAUCUUGUGCGAAAUUCAGAGAGGCCAUUGAUAACGAAAUGGACAAAAUAGAUUACGAUUAUACCAACAUUAUGAUAGGUCGUUGCUUCUAA